AUGAUCUUCAGGAAGAAGUUCCGGCGGGUCUUCUAUGUUCCCGGGAACCACGACAUGUGGAUCCGGCCCAACACGGCCGACUCGACCAAACAGAAGUUUAAGGAUUCCAUCGACAAGCUCUUGGCUAUGCUGGAGAUGUGUGACAAAAUCGGCGCCGAAAUGCUGCCUGCCGAGGUCAUGCAGGAUGUGUACGUUGUCCCACUCUUGUCCUGGUGGAGCUGUACGUUUUGCGAGGGCGACCCACGCCCAGACGACGUGCGCUACGAUUCGUUUUGUAAGUGGCCCAUGGGUGAGGAGGGGGCACACAAGUACUUCCUGCUGUGGAAUGACUACUUUGUCCGCCGCAUCAAGAAGCAACAGGAGGAAAGGGGCCGAAAGGGCGAUGUCAUCACCUUCAGCCACUUCCUGCCCACCUCCGACUUGCCCUGUGGGGGCGCUCCCAUCAAGGCCAGUGGCUGUCUACAGCUGGAGGAGCAAAUCCAGGCAGUGGGAGCUCCCAUCCAUAUCUUCGGUCACACGCACAUGAACAUUGCCUAUGCAACGCGUGGCGUGCGCUACCAGCAGCAGAGCCUGAUGGGCCCGGAGUAUGGACUCUGCGAGCGCCAGACCUUCUUGAAGCUCCAUGACGGCAAGCUGGCUGUGGAGCCCAAAACGCACAACGUCUACUGA